UAAAGAAGAUAAACCGGAAAAUGGCGCUCCGCUCUUCCCUUCCCCUUCUAUCGUCCAAUCCAGUCCCCAAAAUCGUCUUCAAAUCUUCUGAAAUUAGGGCCACGGCGUUCUCGAACAAAAGAUUGCUCGGUAAAUUGGCGACGAGAAGCGGCUCACGGCGGCUGAAUGCGGCAGGAUUGUCCCAGAUUGAACCCGAUUUAAACGAAGACCCUGUAGAUCGUUGGGAAACCAACAGUGUUAGCGCUGAAGAUUUUGAAUAUGGAAAAUACGAUGGACAUCACACUUACUUUGAAGGCGAGAAAAAAGGCACAUUCUGGGGAGCCAUUGCAGAUGAUAUUGUUGCAGUUGGACCACCAACAGGUUUUCAAGGCAUCAUCUCAUGGCUCUUCCUACCAGCAGUUGCUGCUGGAAUGUACUUCAAUUUACCGGGGGAGUAUCUGUACAUUGGAGCAGCUUUAUUUACAAUAGUAUUUUGCAUAAUUGAAAUGGACAAGCCAGACCAACCACACAACUUCGAACCUCAGAUAUAUAACAUGGAGAGAGGGGCUCGUGACAAGUUGAUAUCAGACUAUAACACCAUGGACAUCUGGGAAUUCAAUGAGAAGUAUGGAGACUUGUGGGAUUUCACUGUGAAAAAUGAUGAUAUAACAAAGAGAUGAUUAUAUAUUGCUCCCUUAGUAGUGGGAUGCCAGUGAACUCUUUAUCAAUUGUUUUUUUUAAUGAAAAUGUAUAUCAUAUGAUACUCUUUUUAGUCUUGUACUAUAGUGGGUGUAAAUUGUAAUUAUGAAUUGAACUUAUUAUCAUUCUUAUAGCAGGAAUUUCUCCUUAUAUUUCUUUUAA